AUGGCGACUAAAUUUCAUCUCAUUGGUGGAAAUGGAGGCACACCAUUUACUUUCAAUGGCCUUAAAAAUGGUGCCACCCUCAGGAAGAUUGGAGUGGCAGUGGGUACCACGCAGAUCAAAGCCGUGCGGGCGGAAUUGACCGACGGGAAAGUAAUGACCUUUGGAAAUGCAAAGAAAUUCAAGGAGUUUACGUUCGACCUUGACGAGCGCUUCGCCAAGCUGUCCCUGUGGGAGAACCGUGGCGGGACGCAUCUAGGUGGCAUCCGCUUCACGACGAGUUCCGAGCGCCACUUCUGCGCACAGAUGAUCGCCUGGCCCCUAAAGAAUGAGCACACUAUUGACGUGGGGUCUGGAGUCUGCCUGGGGUUGGAAGGUAACGCUGGCUCGGAAUUGGACAGAUUGGGAUUUGUCUUCCUCAACACCAUCAAGUCAUCUGUGCUAAGCAACGUGAAAUAUACCACCCUGGCCUUAUACAAACCCCAGGUCACCAAAGAAUACAUAAAGUCAGUGUCUUUUACGAACAACACUACUGAGCCUCAAGUGCAGAAAUGUACCUACAGCAGAUCUGUGACCAAGUCUACCGCCUGGACCACCAAGACUAAGGUUGAAGGAAAACUGGACUUGACUGUUAAAGCAGGGUUUCCGACUAUGAUGGAUGUGUCCGGUGGGUUUAGCUUGACACUGGGGAGAGAGAAGACCUCCGCAAUGACCCACAAGGAGACCAUAACAGAAUCGGAUGAGGUCAGCGUGACGGUCCCGGCUGGAAAGACCGUGAACGUUGAGUUGUCAGCGGGACGAGCAGACAUCGAACUCCCCUACUCGGGCACGGUGAAAAUCACAUGCCUGAAUGGCAGCACACUGUACUACCCAUCCGGUGGCCACUACAGGGGUGUGGUUAACACUGCAGUGAAUGUAAACACCACUGAGUCCACUGCAAGGAAAGUAAACACCACUGGUAUGAAUGCUAAAACGAAUACAGUUGCAUAA